GAGAGGGUGGGGAGAUGACACAGUUGUUCCCCCAGCCCUGUUGGGGCGGGCAGCAUGGUUCACUCCAGCAUGGGGGCUCCAGAAAUAAGAAUGUCUAAGCCCCUGGAGGCCGAGAAACAAGGUCUGGACUCCCCAUCAGAGCACACAGACACGGAAAGAAAUGGACCAGACAGUAACCAUCAGAACCCAAAGAAUAAGGCCUCCCCAUUCUCCGUGUCCCCAACUGGCCCUGGCACCAAGAUCAAGGCUGAAGACCCCAGCGGUGACUCAGCCCCAGCAGCACCCCCACCCCCCCAGCCAGCUCAGCCACAUCUGCCCCAGGCCCAACUCAUGCUGACGGGCAGCCAGCUAGCGGGGGACAUACAGCAGCUCCUGCAGCUCCAGCAGCUAGUGCUUGUGCCAGGCCACCACCUCCAGACACCUGCUCAGUUCCUGCUGCCACAGGCCCAGCAGAGUCAGCCAGGCCUGCUACCGACGCCAAAUCUAUUCCAGCUACCUCAGCAAACCCAGGGAGCUCUUUUGACCUCCCAGCCCCGGGCCGGGCUUCCUACCCAGCCCCCUAAAUGCUUGGAGCCGCCAUCCCACCCCGAGGAGCCCAGUGAUCUGGAGGAACUGGAGCAGUUUGCCCGGACCUUCAAGCAGCGCCGCAUCAAGCUGGGCUUCACGCAGGGUGACGUGGGCCUGGCCAUGGGCAAGCUUUAUGGCAAUGACUUCAGCCAGACGACCAUUUCCCGCUUUGAAGCCCUCAACCUGAGCUUCAAGAACAUGUGCAAACUAAAGCCCCUCCUGGAGAAGUGGCUCAAUGAUGCAGAGACUAUGUCUGUGGACUCAAGCCUGCCCAGCCCCAACCAGCUGAGCAGCCCCAGCCUGGGUUUUGACGGGCUGCCCGGCCGGAGACGCAAGAAGAGGACCAGCAUCGAGACGAAUGUCCGCUUCGCCUUAGAGAAGAGUUUUCUAGCGAACCAGAAGCCUACCUCAGAGGAGAUCCUGCUGAUUGCCGAGCAGCUGCACAUGGAGAAGGAAGUGAUCCGAGUCUGGUUCUGCAACCGACGCCAGAAAGAGAAACGCAUCAACCCCUGCAGCGCGGCCCCCAUGCUGCCCAGCCCGGGCAAGCCGGCCAGCUACAGCCCCCAUCUGGUCACACCUCAAGGGGGCGUGGGGACCUUACCACUGUCCCAAGCUUCCAGCAGCCUGAGCACAACAGUUACUACCUUAUCCUCAGCUGUGGGGACGCUCCACCCCAGCCGGACAGCUGGAGGGGGUGGGGGCGGGGGCGGGGCCGUGCCCCCCCUCAAUUCCAUCCCCUCUGUCACUCCCCCACCCCCGGCCACCACCAACAGCACAAACCCCAGCCCUCAAGGCAGCCACUCGGCUAUCAGCUUGUCGGGCCUGAACCCCAGCACUGGCCCUGGCCUCUGGUGGAACCCUGCCCCUUACCAGCCUUGAUGGCAGCGGGAACCUGGUGCUGGGGGCAGCCAGCGCAGCCCCGGGGAGUCCUAGCCUGGUGACCUCGCCGCUCUUCUUGAACCACGCUGGACUGCCCCUGCUCAGCGCGCCCCCGGCUGUAGGCUUGGUCUCCGCAGCGGCUGCAGCUGUGGCAGCCUCCAUCUCCAGCAAGUCUCCUGGCCUCUCCUCCUCAUCUUCAUCCUCGUCCUCCUCCACGUGCAGCGAGGUGGCAGCACAGACCCCUGGAGGCCCAGGGGGGCCAGAGGCAGGGUCCAAGCCUGAGUGAGGGCCCCCCAUGCCUCCCCUCCCACUCCUCUGACUCCCACCUUGGUCCCCUGCCUGGGAAAAGGGCGAAGAGACCAUAGGUGGGGGUGCAGUGGGUCCUUGGAUCGGGAGUGACAAGGGAGGAAAGACCAAAAAUACCAACCGUCCAACCAAAAAAAAAAAAAAAAAAAAAAAAAAAGGAAAGAAAAAAAAGAAAGAGACAAGAAACUAACCAACAGAAAAGAAAACCAAAAAUAAUCACAACAGAAACCAGCUGCCCCAAAGGAACCAGAGGUGAAAAACAAACCAAAAAACCAAAAACAAAAAAAAUUCCCCACAAAAAUCAAACCAAAAACCCAGCUGCGAGCCAGACCUCAGCGUGCUCACCCUCACUGCUAUGACGCCAAAUAAGAGCCCCAGCCAGACGCGGAGCAGCCUCCUGCAGGUUGGACCUCGUGCUGUGAGCCCUGGCUGUGGGGUCCACCCCCCACCCUGCCCCUCUCGGUGGGGGUAGAGAAGAAAAAAAGAGACUGUGCCAGCCUGCUGACUCCAGCCUCAGCCCUGGGCCAGCAGAGACAGGGCACAGUCUGGGGCCGAGGGCCUGGGCCCAGAACCAUCCACCAAAUGUUCUUUUCCAGAAGGUGAAAGGGCCUGAACAACCUCACACCAAAUAUUCAGUAGCUUCAUCCAAAGGAUGUACAGAAUUUUUAGCAUUGUGCUCAACGGAAUGUGUCCCUAUCAUGUGUCCCCACUCCCCUCCUUGACCCGCAACUCUCCCCAUCUGGGCAGGGGGUCUUGCUUUAACCUCCUUCCUCCUCCCAGCCUGGGGAGCAUUCAGGGGAAGGCCUGGGGAUGGCUUUUUAACCCUGUACCUCUCCCUUUUUCCUUUGAAGGAUGGGCUAGGCCAUUUCGCCAAGUUCAGCUCUCCCAAGUUCCUCCUCAGCCCAGUCACCCUUUUCUUCUCUGGAAUUACCCUCCUCCCAGCCUACGGGAAGGGGGACAUUUCAGGCAAAAGGAGAUGAGGUGAGGGCAUUCAAGUUGUCUUUUUUUCCAUCCUGUCUCAGUUUCCCUGAAAACAAAUUCAUAUUCCAGUGCCUAUCCGUGGGAUCCUUCAUGUUCUUUGACAUUAACCAGAAACCAAAAAGAAGACUCGCCUCGCUCUACCCACCCCGUGCCCCUCCAACAC